AUGCCGCUUAUGCGAACGGGAGUGCGUAUGCAGAGCACAGCACCUCCUGAAGAGGACAAGACAAAGGGUGCCUUAAUGCGUGUGCUGCAAAAUUCUAUUCGGAGUUCCGGGCCGUUGACCGUGCCUACAUAUAUGCAAGCAUGUCUUACGAAUCCCGAUUUUGGGUAUUAUUCAGGCAAACUGCAAGAGAAUCGCAAUGGUAUUUUGGGUACGCGCGGCGACUUUAUUACAAGCCCCGAAAUUAGUCAAGUGUUUGGCGAGCUGCUCGCUGUCUACUAUGUAUCACGGUGGCAAGCAUCGAAUGCACCUGAGCGCAUUCGCUUGAUUGAGCUGGGUCCCGGUCGCGGCACAUUGCUAAGUGAUAUGUUGCGCACAUUUGCCAACUUUCCGGAAAUGUUCAACUGCUUGCGCACGAUCCAGCUUGUGGAAGCAUCACCAUGGCUGCUGGAAACGCAGGAGAAGGUAGUUGUAGAGGCUCUUCAGAAGUACGGCAAAGAACCUGUGGAUUCGGAUACGGCCGUGGAGGAGUUGAAGCCAAAUCAGGUUCGACUGGAAUGGUUCCCAUCGUAUCACGACGUCCCGACGGAUCCAAAAUCCUGGACGAUCGUGACGGCGCACGAAUUUUUUGAUGCGCUUCCUAUUCACAUAUUUGAAAAGCAUAUGAAUGGUUGGCGCGAAGUUUUGGUCGAUUUGGACCAAGGGGAAAAGCCCGGCGUGGCCGUGCUCAAAGCGUCGGACAUUCUUAGUGGCAAGCACAAGAAAGAGGAGCCAGGUGCAGAGAAAGCAACACCAAAACUACGCUUUGUUCUUUCCUCUUCGACGACGCCGUGGGCGAAGCUGUUGGCUGCGCGCAACUCACGCUUUGAAAAGCUGCAGCCUGGGCAACGUGUGGAAGUGAGCCCGAUGGGCUGGGCUUUAGCGCGGCGCAUGGGCGAAUGGGUGUCGGGCUACGAUGCGUGCAAAGUCGCCAUGGACGGCAAAUCUAUGCCUCUUACUCCUCAACAGGAACAAGAACGAGAGCAAGCAUCGCUCGGCGGUUGUGGUCUAAUUAUCGACUAUGGCGCCGCACGUUUCUUUAGCGAGAGCUUCCGCGCGUUCCGUAACCAUCGCAUUGUGGACCCGCUGGAAAUGCCCGGGCAGUCGGACCUUACUGCUAAUGUCGACUUUUCGUUUUUGGAAGAGGCAGUCAACACCACCAACGCCCAGGCACAUGGACCCAUGUCGCAGCACAACUUUUUGGCGUCGCUUGGUCUGGGCAUGCGCGUCCAGAAGCUCGUAAAAGACAACGAUGCGUCGCGCAAGCAUGUCAUUGAGCAAGCGGCCCUGCGUUUGGUUGAUUCUACAGGUAUGGGCAAGCAGUAUGAGGUCAUGGCACUGUCCGCACCGCCCGCUCCCAACGCAACCACAAAAAUAGCGGACGAGGUGUAUCCAUUUUUGUAG